UAUAAAAUAUAUAUUUAUUUGUAAUAAGUUUAAUAUUUAAACUCGUAAUAAUGAUAAAAUAUAUAUAUAUUGUUACAUUUCAUUUGAUUUUGGUGCCACUUUUUUCUAGCACAAAUAUAACGUAUGAUCAAGUAUUACAGCCUAUUGAAAUUAUUUAUCCUAAAUGUUUUCGUGUGACAGAACACAAUGAAAUCAUGGUGUAUAAAAAAUACCUCAAUCCAAUACAUGGUUAUGCAAUCAGUCCAUUUAAAAGUCCAAAUGAAAGUAGAAAUCAUUUCCAUAACAGAAAUGUGAAUGAUAAGAUAAUGGUUAUAGUACUACAUUUUACUGAUGUAGAUUUUGGAACUACUGUAAAAAUAUUUACUUCUAAUCGUAGUAAUACUUCUAGCAAUGUCAGCUCUCAUUAUGUAAUAGCAAAACCUACCGAAGCUGGAACACACAAUCAAUUACUACAGAUCGUGCCAGAAAAUUGCGUUUCGCAUCACGCCGGAAUAUCUUUAUGGGGCAACUACUCGUCAAUCAAUUCCAUAUCAAUAGGUAUCGAAAUCGUUAAUUUUGGGUAUAAUGAACCAAAUGAUUCGUGGGACCCGUUUUUUCAUGAUCAAAUACGUAUUGUCGGUUUAACGGUGGCUCGAAUGGCCAACCAGUAUAAAGUGUUACCGCACAAUGUAGUGGGACACUCAGAUGUAGCUCCAAACAGAAAAAUUGAUCCUGGCGUAAUGUUUCCGUGGGGAGAAUUGUAUAAGACCUAUAGCAUAGGUGCUUGGUUGGAUGACGAUGAAAUGGACGAGACAGUCGUAAUUGCCAAGUACCGUCCCUCAACGCCGUGUCCGCGUAUACCUGACCAGAAGCUGUUUGUCAAUUAUUUGGGUGUUUACGGUUACAAUACAACCGAUGAGGUUCAAGCCAUUAAGACUUUUAAGGCACACUUCACUGCCAAUCAAAAACCAAAAUUGUAUAAUCAAAAUAUAACACAACUUGAAAUGUAUUGGGUUUGGGCUUUGGUAGCUAAGUAUUCACAUUAAUCCAAGUCUAAAUUGUAAUUCACUAGAUAGUAAAUACCUAUGGGAUACCCUUAUCCUUUAAUAUCAAAUCUCCAAAUUAAAGUUCAUAUUCACUUGAAAAAAAAAUUGUUUCACAUUACAUAUUUAAUCAUUGUUUACUUUUUAUAUUAAUACAGAUUUCUUUUAAUUGCUUAUUUUAUACAAAAUCACUACUUGCAAACAUGAAUUUAAUACAUAAAAUAAUAGCUUUUAAAAAACUUAGGAAAUUCUUAGGAAAAAAAAAUCCUAUACUAAAUAUUAAUUUAUGAACUAAAUAAUAACACUUUUUUUAUGAAUCCAGUAUUUUAUAAAUCAUUAUUUUUUUGUUAUUCUUGUGUACUGUUUAAAAAUUAGUUAAAAAUGUGAUUGUUUUAAAAUAAUUUGUGCAUUUUGUUGAGCGUAUUUCUACAUUUUUCAGUGCCAGAAAUCUAGAACCCUGUUAAUGACCUGCGCAAAACAUAGGUAUAAUUUCUUAGAAACUUAAUUUCAUCCAAAGACCAGAGCCUUAACUUGGCUUACUUUAUAGGAAACUAAGUUCGAACACCUAAUAUAUUAUAUGAUCCUUAUUUUUGUAUGUUCCGUAAUAUUUUAUUAUAAACUAUUUAAAUGUAAUGAUAAUAAACAAUGUAUAAUAAUUUAUA